UGGCCAACACAAACGACGAGCCGCGUUUGCAACGGCCGUUCGGGGCCCGUCCCCUCGUCACGCAGCUAUUUUAGGCGCGAUAUCUGAAGUAAAUAUUCCGUUCCUGACUGCGCAAAACCUCUGGGAGCUAAUGGACGACGAGACCAGCGGCAAAUACCGCCUCCUCCGUGAGGUGGGACGGGGCAGCUAUGGCGUGGUGUACGAGGCGGCUGCGGGGGGCACCACAGCGCGGGUGGCGGUGAAGAGGACCCGCUGCACCGAGCCGGAGACGGUGGAGAUGGCCCUGCAGGAGCUGUGGUCCCUGCGCAGCGUCAGGGGCCAGCACCGGAACGUGAUCCGGAUGGAGGAGUGCCUGCUGCAGAGCGGCCGUGGCCCGGGCUCCGUCGAGCCCGUCUGUCAGCGGCGGGUCACAGAGCGUCACCUGCGGCUGGUGGAGAGCUGCCUGAAGGGCCGGCGCCGGGCCUGCGCGGAGGACAAGGAGGAGGAGGCCGCCUCCCUGUACUUCAUCACCGAGUACUGCGACGGCGGCAACCUCAACGACUUCUUACUUGGCCAGGCGCCGGAGCCCCGGCUGCACCGGGCGUGUAUGCGGCAGCUGGCCGCCGCCGUCUCCUUCCUGCACCGCAGCCAGAUCGUGCACCGCGACCUCAAGCCCGAGAACGUGCUGGUGUCACACGGGCCUGCGGGACCGGAGCUCAAGGUAGCAGAUUUUGGCCUCAGUAAAGUCUGCCUCGGGAAUGUAAAUGUUAACCAGCAUCGCUUCUCGUCAGCCUGUGGCUCAGAUUUCUACAUGGCGCCAGAGGUUUUUGAAGGGCGUUAUACAGCAAAGGCAGAUAUCUUUUCCCUUGGAAUUCUUUUUUGGGCUAUGAUUGAAAUGGUUACCUUCAGGGAUGCAGAGACAAAUAAAGAGCUCAUUGGCAUAUACAUCUGUCAAGGAAAGAACCUAAUCUCCGUCGGAGAAGCUCUCCUUGAUAACCCCAACUUCGAGCUUCACAUGCCUAUAAAGCAGAAAAAGCCUAUGCCGAGAGAAGUGUGUGCUCUUCUGUUGGAUAUGUUGGCCUUGAAUUUAAAGGAGAGACUUGAUGCAUUUGAGAUGGAGAAACGCGUCAAGCAAUUAUGUUACGGAGAAAAGCGUCAAGGUUCUGGUGCAUAGACAUAUCUAGUUCUGUCUUGUUGGUGCUGUCCUUGGGGCAAUCACAUUUUAUUACUGUCCUAAUCUGCACAUAGAACCUCUGUAACAUCAAAGUAUCUUUAUUUAAAAACACAGAACUGUAUUUUGCCAAGAUGCAUGCUUCCAAGUGUAAACCUGAGUAAAGUGUAAAACUGAGGUUUUUUUAGGUAACUUUUAGAUUAAACACUUUUUUUUUGUUUUUGUUUUUUGUUUAAUGUAAAUCAAUUGUUUAUGGUAUUGAUAUUAAGUUACAAUAGCCAUUGCACAGAAAUGUAAGGCUUUCAGAAAUGCACUUUUUUUUUUUUUACAUUGUAUAUUUCUUCAGACUUUUUCUGUGUAAUGUUUGUACAUAGUAUGCUGUUUUCAUUAAUAAAAGGGUAAAACGUUA